CUCCUUGUCUCUCUCUCCUUGACUCCUUGUCUUACUCUCUUCUUGUGUCUCUUCUUGUUCUUUCCAUUCCUCUUAUCUUUCCGUGAUGGCUUGGAUAGAAGUGGAACAGAAAGUGUUCCUGUGUCCAGGUAUCCUACGAGGCGUGUACCAGAGUGAACACCUGUUUGAGUCCGACCACCAAUCAGGAGCCUGGUGUAAAGACCCAUUCCAGGCCUCUGAUAAGAUUUACUACAUGCCCUGGACUCCCUACCGCACGGACACUCUCACAGAGUACUCCUCCAAGGAGGACUUCAUCGCAGGACGACCGACGACCACGUACAAGCUGCCUCACCGUGUCGACGGGACCGGCUUCGUGGUCUACGACGGGGCUUUAUUCUUCAACAAGGAGCGGACGCGCAACAUCGUCAAGUUCGACCUCCGCACGCGGAUCAAGAGCGGCGAGGCCAUCAUCGCCAACGCCAACUACCACGACACGUCGCCGUACCGCUGGGGCGGCAAGUCGGACAUCGACCUCGCCGUCGACGAAAUGGGCCUCUGGGUUUUGUACGCCACGGAGACGAACAACGGACGAAUCGUGGUCUCGCAGCUCAACCCUUACACGCUCCGCAUCGAAGGCUCCUGGGACACCACCUACGACAAGCGGACCGCCUCCAACGCCUUCAUGGUGUGCGGCGUGCUCUACGUGGUGAAGUCCGUCUACGAGGACGACGACAACGAGGCCACGGGGAACAAGAUAGAUUAUAUGUACAGCACCACCCAGAGUAAAGAAACCUUUGUGUCCAUCCAGUUCCCUAACUCUUACCAGUACAUAGCAGCAGUGGACUACAAUCCCAGAGACAAUCUGCUGUACGUCUGGAACAACUACCACGUAGUCAAAUACUUACUGGACUUCGGGAACAACGACAACAGAUUGGACUUGGUUCCUCCAGUCAUCCACGGGCCUCCCAAAGUCCCCUCCUCCUCUUCCUCCACCAGUCGGACCACGACCACCCGGUCUCCUCCCUACUAUACCACGGCGCGACCAAUCCUCACCACCUUCCCCGGUCAACGGUCCCGGACAACCACGACCGUGCGGAACCCUGCCGCUGGUGGCGUGGUCAUCCCCGGCGAUAACCAGAUCCCAGAGAUUGUUAACCCCGGUAACGGGCGGUCGGUGCCAGCCAUGGGUGUUCCCCCUCUGCCUCCCCAGCCCCCGGUCAUACCCCCCCAGGACCACUGCUCCCCCAGGGUGACAGCUGAAGUGUCCUGGCCCAGAACCCAGCAGGGACAGAUGGCCAAGCAGCCCUGUCCUGUAGGGACACUAGGCGUAGCUACAUACGUGUGUGUUGCUCAGCAGGGCUACUGGGAUCCCCAAGGCCCUGACAUCAGCAACUGCACGUCUCCCUGGGUCAACCACAUCAUGCAGAAAUUGCGUAGCGGCGAGACGGCAGCCGUGGUUGCCAGGGAGCUGGCCGAGCAGACUAAAGGGUUGUUGCGUCCCGGUGACGUCCCCUCUACGGUGAGGGCCAUGGCCCAGCUGGUUGACCUGCUGGAUGUUCAGCUCAGAAACCUGACCCCUGGGGGCAAGGACAGCGCCGCCCGCAGCCUCAACAAGCUGCAGAAGAGAGAGAGGUUCUGCAGGUUUUUUCUCCAGGCCAUGGUUGAGACGGUGAACAACUUGCUCCAGCCCAGGGCCCAGGCAGCGUGGAGACAGUUGCCCACAGGGGAGCAGCUUCGCUGGGCUACCACCCUGCUGGACACGGUGGAGGCUGGAGCUUUCAUGCUGGCUGAUAACCUGCUGAAGACGGACACCGUGGAGGAGAUCACCGACAACAUCCAGUUGGAGGUGGUGAGGCUGAGCACGGAGGGGAAUCUGGCUGACCUGACCUUCCCCCAGUCCGAACUACAUGGGAACUCCAUCCAGCUGUCUGCUAGCACGCUCAAACAGCACGGGAGGAAUGGUGAGAUCCGCAUGGUGUUCGUCCUCUACAGGAACCUGGGCUCCUACCUGUCUACAGAUAAUGCCAGUGUUGGUCUGGGCAGCGAGGCUCUCUAUCCUAACUACUCUGUCAUAGUCAACUCUCCUGUUAUUACUGCUUCUAUCAACAAGGAGAGCAACAAGGUCUAUCUGUCUGAACCGGUGGUCUUCACUGUCAAACACCUGCAGCAUUCGGAGGAGAACUUCAACCCCAACUGUUCUUUCUGGAGUUAUUCCAAGCGGUCCAUGACCGGGUUCUGGUCCAGUCAGGACUGUCGACUACUGGACACCAACAGAACACACACCACCUGCUCCUGUACUCAUCUGACCAGCUUUGCUGUGCUGAUGGCACACGUUGAAGUCAAGAAAACAGACUCCAUGCAGGACCUUCUGCUGGAUGUGAUAACAUGGGUUGGUAUCCUGCUGUCGCUGGUCUGUCUCCUCAUCUGCAUCUUUACAUUCUGCUUCUUCAGAGGACUACAGUCAGACAGGAACACCAUCCACAAGAACCUCUGUAUCAGCCUCUUCAUAGCAGAGUCUCUGUUCUUAGUGGGCAUCAACAGAGCUGACCAACCGAUUGCGUGUGCCGUCUUCGCGGCCCUGCUCCAUUUCUUCUUCCUGUCAGCGUUUACCUGGAUGUUCCUAGAGGGGGUCCAGCUGUACAUCAUGCUAGUGGAGGUGUUUGAAUCAGAACACUCCAGAACCAAGUACUUCUACCUGGCUGGGUACGGGGUUCCUGCUGUUAUAGUGGCCGUCUCCGCUGCCGUGGACUACAGGAGCUACGGCACAGACAGAGUGUGUUGGUUGCGGUUGGACACAUAUUUUAUAUGGAGUUUCAUAGGCCCUGCCACGCUCAUAAUAAUGCUGAACGUCAUCUUCCUGGGUAUCGCCCUCUAUAAGAUGUUCCACCAUACAGCCAUCCUCAAACCAGACUCUGGGUGCCUGGACAACAUCAAAUCGUGGGUGAUUGGUGCCAUAGCUCUCCUCUGUCUGUUGGGUCUGACCUGGGCGUUUGGUCUGAUGUAUAUCAAUGAGAGCACAGUGAUCAUGGCCUACCUGUUCACCAUCUUCAACUCCCUACAGGGCAUGUUCAUAUUCAUCUUCCACUGUAUACUACAGAAGAAGGUGCGUAAGGAGUAUGGGAAGUGUUUGCGUUCCCACUGCUGCAGUGGUAAGAGUGUAGAGACCUCCAUCUCGUCCUCUGGAAAGAACCACACCACGUCUCGAACCCCAGGACGAUACUCCACGGGGUCGCAGAGUCGUAUCAGGAGGAUGUGGAACGAUACAGUGAGGAAACAGGAGUCAUCCUUUGUGACAGGAGACAUCACCAGCUCAGCCACACUCAACAGAGGAGCGAUGGCUAAUCAUCUGUUAACUAAUACUCUCCUUCAUCCCCAUGGUUCUAACCAUCCUUAUAACUCUCUGCUGGGGGACACCAACCACCAAGCAGUCUGUAACAACCCCAACGUGGCUGGCAUGUACAGCACACAAGGGAAUCUAAACAACGCUCGAGACACCGGCGUCACGGAUACGCUCCCUCUCAACGGCAACAACUACAGCGCGGCGAGCGGCGACUACCUCAGCGACAGCGUCCAGAUUCUGGAACGAGGCGGCGUCAGCGGUUACAGUACCUACGGCAACCACAAGGAGACGACGACAUUAGAAAAGCAGAUCCUUAAAGAGUUAACGUCCAACUACACCCCUUCGUACUCGAACAACCACCAGCGCUCAGCGACCACCGAACGCAACCACAACCUGAUGAAUAAGAUGGUCAACAUCGGUAACGGCACCGGCAAUGCGGGCGGACUGGUCGGUAACGGCAGUAACGGAAUCGGAAUUGGUGGCGUAGUCUGCGGCGGGAGUAACCGUGACUACGACUUGAGUAACGACGGUGUCGACGUUAGUCACAUGGUGCUGGAUAACCCCAACGCUGCCUUCCCAUUGGAUGAGAAUUUGGGAUUGGAGAUUAUAAGGGAGGAGUCGAACGCCCCCCUCCUCCCGCCCCGCCCUCUGCCUCCCCCGGACAGCCUCCCCCACCCUCACCCUCCUCCCCCGCCCCCCCAUAACUUCUCCCGCCCCCGGCGCCCCCAGGAGACCAGCGAGAGCUUCUUCCCCCUCCUGACCAACGAGCAGACGGACGAGACGCCGCAGUCGCCCAAUCACAGAAACUCUCUGUACACCUCCAUGCCCGUGUUAACGGAUUUACCGGACGGCCACGGUAGUCACGGGCAGAUGAACGGUUUAGCGGACGGCGAGAUGGACGACAGCAGGGAGAUUCAGGCCGGUACCAGCAGCACCGGGAGCGAACCGGGGCCGGAGGCGGAUGAUGUUUACUAUAAGAGCAUGCCAAACCUGGGGUCCAGGAACCACCUCCACCAGCUCCACCAUUACUACCAGAUGGGGCGGGGGGGCAGCGACGGCUACAUGGUACCUGUCAACAAGGAGGAUUCUGAUUCGUCGCCCGAGGAGCCCCUGACCCCUGUUGACCCCUCCCAACUGGUCACGAGCCUAUAGACCAAUGAGAAGACUCUAAACCCCUUAUUUUCCGGGUCCCACCUUCUUUUUUAGUCCCGCCUCCCAGAAUAGUUAUAUGUUGAUGAUUGAUUGACAGUUGGCGCUGACCAAUGAAGGCCUGGUUGAACGCACUCGCUUCCUGAUUCUUUCCUGUGGUUAGUGACAAUAGGGACGAUACCGAUUGGAUAGAUAAUGGAUUGUAUUUAGACCAGAACGAACUAAACUGGGUGGUUCGAAAACCGAGGAGGUUUUUUUUUUGUGAAUAUUCUUCAGGAAUGUAUGAAGUAGUUCCUGAAGGAGGGGAGUAUCUGUCAGGCCACCUGUCUUGAUAGACGUUUCCUGGGUCGUAGCCCAGAAACAUCCUACCAUGGACCUGUAGCAGAUCCUAGCUG